GAUUUAUUCUUUUUUCUUUAAAUGUUGGUUUUUUACCUCUACCCAACAUCAAGAAUGAAGCUUUAUUAUGGAAUCAGUGUUUUCUCCUUCAUUUUAUGUGUUUUGGUACCUGGGUCUUUUUCCUUUGAUAAUUUUCAUCAACCGUUUCCCAUUGUAGAGCCUGAUUCUGGUCACACAAAACUUCGCCUUGCGAGAGAAGGACUUGAGGCAAUAGAGAGGAUAACAACACCCAUUGCAUCUGUCGCUGUGAUUGGUCCAUACCGUUCAGGAAAAUCGUUCCUCCUUAAUCAGCUUCUUUCCCUCUCUUGUAAUGAAGGUUUUGGUGUUGGGCAUAUGCGUGAUACUAAGACAAAAGGAAUAUGGGUUUGGGGUACUCCUAUAGAGUUGGACAUCAAUGGAGUUAAAACUUCUGUUUUCUACCUUGACACUGAAGGUUUUGAAACUGUUGGAAAGUCAAAUGUAUAUGAUGAUCGGAUUUUUUCCCUUGCAACUGUUCUGAGUUCCGUGCUUAUAUAUAAUCUACCUGAGAUGAUCCGUGAAGCUGACAUAUCGCGACUAUCAUUUGCCGUUGAACUUGCUGAAGAGUUCUAUGGAAGGUUCAAUUCUAACCAGUUGUUUCAAAAGUUUCACAUAGGACUUUUGUGUUCUAAGUUAUUCACAGAAGAUUCUUUUCUGACCCUGUUGUUUCAUCCAUGUUUAUCGCUCUCCCUGGAACCCAGAGUGAAGGGGCAAGACGUUGCUUUCGAACCAGCAAAACUCCUAUGGCUUAUCCAGCGUGAUUUCCUACAAGGAAAAUCUGUGCAAGAAAUGGUCAACGAAGCUCUACGACGAGUCCCUAAUAGUGAUGGUGACAAGAAUAUUGAUAAGGUGAAUCAGAUUCGAGAUUCAUUAGCAGUAAUGGGCGACAAUAGCACAGCCUUUAGCUUACCACAACCUCAUCUUCAACGUACAAAGCUUUGUGACAUGAAAGAUGUUGAACUGGAUCCUGAUUAUGUCAAGAAGAGGGAGCAAUUGAAAGAAGUUGUUGCAUCUAUCGUUCGUCCAAAGAUUGUCCAGGGUAAAUUUCUCAAUGGGAAGGAGUUUGUAUCGUUCCUUGAGCAGAUACUUGACGCCUUGAAUCAAGGAGAGAUUCCAUCUACGGGCUCCCUUGUGGAGGUUUUCAACAAGGGUAUUCUAGAGCGGUGUUUAAAACUGUACACCGAGCAGAUGGCUAAAGUAGUUUUACCAAUGCAAGGGGAGUCUUUACAGAAAGCUCAUGAAGAGCAGAGAGACACAACAAUGGAAGUUUUUGAUGAACAACAUUUUGGUCGUCGUCAUGCAAGGAAAUCAGUCGAUCAAUUGGAAGAGGAGAUUGAAAAGGUGUAUAAGAAUAUCAAGUUGGCAAAUGAAUAUCAGUCCUCAAUGCUGUGCGAGGCGUUGUAUACUAGAUGCGAGGACAAAAUGGAUGAACUUCAGGCCCUCAGACUUCCUUCAAUGGCCAAAUUCAACACUGGCUUCCUCCAAUGCAACCAAAGUUUUGAAAGAGAAUGCGUUGGACCUUCUAAAAGCAACUAUGAACAGCGGAUGAUCAAGAUGUUGGGAAAGUCAAAAUCUCUAUUCAUUAAGGAAUAUAAUCAGAGACUGUUCAACUGGCUGGUGGUUUUCUCACUUGUCAUGGUGGUGUUAGGGCGGUUCGUUAUAAAGUUCUUUCUGGUCGAGAUUGGUGCAUGGAUACUCUUUAUCUUCUUAGAAACGUAUACGAGGAUGUUUUGGUCCGCUGAGUCGCUUUACUACAAUCCAGUCUGGCAUAAUUUUCUGGCAACUUGGGAAACACUUGUGUAUAAUCCUAUUCUUGAUUUGGACAGAUGGGCAAUUCCCAUUUGUGUGAUAGCUGCAAUAUUUGUGUUUUAUUGGCGAUGUUACGGGAGAAUGCAACAUGGUCCUAGGUGGUCAUUACCUGUGUACAGCAAUCGUAAAGAUCAGCGAAGAUCAGAGUAAUUGAAUGGUUUCCAUUUUUAUUACAAAGUCGGAGGCAGGCAGAUCAAGGGCGGGUUUGAAGGUUGAAUAUAUCCCAGCUAGACUACGUAUGUAUAUAUAUGCAAAAAAAAGAGAAGUGGAAAUAUACUUUAUACGUAUACGGUACAGAGGAUUGGCAGAACACCUCAACAGGUCAUGAACUUUGUUGUCACAGUUGAAGAUGUUGUAAUUCUAUUACUUACUAAUAUUCAAUAUCUCUUACUCUUUACAAAUUACAAUACAAAUAUGCAAAAAGCUUC